UUGCUCCUCACUCUUUAACUACAGCUCCACUAGGACUUACUACUUUCUUAAAAGCUCAGCAAACCACUGCAGCUGAUCUUUUUGUGUUUUGUACCUAUUUGUUACAAUAGCAAAUUAGUAAUGGCAUUUUUAUCCAGAGCCAUUCUUCUGCUACUGCCUGCAGUAGUUUGUAUUCAACUGAGUGGAGCCAGUGGUGAUGGAAUUGACAGGUGCUGGUGUUUGAACAGUUUGAAGAGAGCUGUCCCAAAAGAAGAAAUUGAAGAGUUCUCUAUUUUCCCCCGAAGAUCAAACUGUGACAAGGUUGAAAUCAUACUGACACUUAAACCCGUGAAUAACUCAACUGAAGUCAUCCAGCGCUGCUUGAGUCCAGAAACAAAACAAGGAAUUAACCUGCAGACUUGCUGGAAAAACAAGAACAUCAACAACACUCCCACUUUUAAGAUAUCCAGCUGCUUCCAGGUAUAAAGCCAUAAAUGAAAGUUGCAUAAGAGCACGAGAGGACAGAAGGGGGGAUCUGGAAACUCUAGAAACCCUGUGAGUGGAUUGGCAUCCUGUCAUAUGCCCAUUCACUGGCCAAUCAGAAUCCUAGGUUUGAUUUUUGCCUAAAACAGCUGAUGGGAAAUCACAGAAGACCUGAAAACACCUCGAGCAUUGCCAGUAACCGCCGGACGCAGAUGAUGUCGACAAAAGCAUUUGGAUUAGAUUUCACUUGCUGUAUAACUGAAGCACUGAAUGUAUUAUUACUCCAAACUUAUUUCAAAUACUAUAUUUAAAUGGUUUUAUAACUUAACUUAUUUUAUAAUAUCAAAAGUUAAAAUGUGUUUUACUAUUUUUGUCUGACCAGGCCCUUUUAUGUAAUAUAUAAUGUUUCUUUGACAUGAAAUGUUAUAACACAUGAAACAUUUUCACAAUGGAUGUUUCUUUGUACAGUUUUGUAUUAAAAGCCAAUUUAAAGUUUUGCACA